AUGGCUUCACCAUCCACAGCCGGUGCCGCUGCUGCCGCCGCGGCCGCCGCGGCCGCCGCUCUGCCUUCUAGCGCACCUGCUCCCGAGGACACUGCUGCCCAGACUUCACCGUCCGCUGAGACCAGUGCAGCAACUGCCGCCCAACCUACCACCGCGUCAACCGAAACGACCCCUUCGCCUGCGCCUGCUCCCACCACAUCCACUACAACUGAACCGACUACCACCAGUACCACGAAGAGUAGCACUAGUAGCACGCACACGACCGAGCCUACCACGACCCCCGAGUCUACAUCCACUCCGUCCACUUCCACGUCAUCCACCUCCACUUCUUCUACUACAUCCGCUCCAUCCACCACUGAAGCUCCCGAGACGACCACGUUUUCAUCGAUCUCCAGUGGCAGCCAGGGAACUACCGUGGUUGUUGUCACCUCCAUUCAAACACAGCCAUCCAACACCAAUGCCGCGUCUACCAGCGCAACCGAUUCGGCCACACUCGCAACCUCCACCGCAGCUGGAGGCUCUUCUGGUGGUCUUUCUCCUAGUGGCACAAUCGCUGUCGCCGUCGUUGUCCCGGUUGCCUCGGUGGCAUUGAUCAUCUUGGCGUUGCUCUUCUUCUGGCGUAAGCGUAAGGCGAACAAGGCGGCCGAGGAGGAACGCCGCAAGGAAGUAGAGGAGUACGGAUUCAACCCAAACAACGACCCAUCCCUUCCCGGUAUGGGCGGCGUUGUGAUGCCCAAGGACGACGGAUCCUCUGGCUACCGCGGCUGGGGAACCACCUCUGCCGGGCGCAAGGCGUCCACCAACCUCUCCAGCGGAAUGGGUGGCCUAGCCAUGUCGGAAGGAAGCAGCCCCGGUUAUCACCACGGCGCAACACCCAGCGAAGGCACCGUUCAAUAUUCCGAUGGCGCCCGGCCCGACUCUGGCGAGAUUGUUGAACCUAUCGGCGUGCUGGGUGCCGCCCCAGUGGCUGCAAACAAUCGCAACGGCGACAUCCACCGCGGCCCUUCCAAUGCAUCCUCCGCUUACUCCGCAGCCAAUCGUUCCGAGGCGUCAGAGGAAAGUCACAUGUCCGCUGCCCACCCCUCUGGUGGCUACUACGGCGAGAACCCGUACUACGGUGACAUUAACACACACGGCGCUUACGGCGGCGAAGACUACCAGCCUGUGAUCCGCGAUGUCCAGGCGCGCCGCAAUACUCGCAUCGAGAAUCCUGGUGUUUAUCCACGACAGGGCAAUGCCGGUAUCGCCCAGAACUUCUAA